AUGUUGGAGUUCACCCCGGUGAAUGAGAAGGUCGCGCCCCUGCGCCUUCGGGUCAGGGAUAGGUCCCUCACUGUUGUGUCGGCCUAUGGACCGAACAGCAGUGUAGAGUACCCGGCUUUCUUGGAGUCCCUGGGAGGGGUACUAGACACUGCACCAACCAGGGACUCCAUUGUUCUCCUGGGUGACUUCAAUGCUCAUAUGGGCGAGAUGGCAAAAAGGUACAAUGUUGAAGAUGUCCUGGCAAUGCUGGACAACGGUAAUGAGAGUGAAAAAGAGGAACUUGCAUCCGAUAGUGAUGAUGAUGAGGAUUACCAACCAGGCCCAGGGGAUGAUGAGCCUUCAAGUGAUGAUGCUACAGACACUGACAGUGAGAGCCAUGCUUGUGACACUGAAGACACCACAUCACCCGCCGAUUUACCACCAGUGAAACACAAGAAACUGCCUCCAGCUACUGAAAGACAGGGCCAAUACACCUGGAAGAAAGUUGACUAUGAGCCCCCUGAAUCUGGAUUUACUGGUGAACAACCUGAGGUUCCAUUGGAUGUUGGAAGCCCACUGGAAUAUUUCAAAACACUCAUUGAUGAUGAUAUGCUUGAAUUACUGGCUAGUAAGACAAAUACAUAUGCUGUACAGAAGAGUGGGAGGGAACUAAACACAAACAAAAAGGAACUUGAGCAGGUUAUUGGAAUGUUUCUCAAAAUGGGCCUGGCUCCAAUGGCUGGCACAAGGAUGUUUUGGGAAACUGAUACAAGGUAUCCCCAGGUUGCCGACAUUAUGAGCAGGAACAGAUUUCAAAACAUCAUUGCACAUCUUCACUUUGUCGAUAACAUGGUAGUGACUGAGGAAGACAAGAUAGACAAACUCUGGAAGAUCAGGCCUUGGCUCACUAUGUUUCGCAACAAUUGCCUGAAACUUGUACCUGAGGAGUACAAUUCCAUUGAUGAGCAGAUGGUGCCAUUCAAGGGAAAGUACAGUGGUGUGAAGCAAUAUAUGCACAGCAAACCACACAAAUGGGGCUUCAAAAUCUGGUGUAGAUGUGGCAUUUCAGGACUGUUGUAUGAUUUUGAAAUCUAUCAGGAAAGUGGUGUCAAGGAGGCUGGUGUUGGCCUCGGUAUGUCGGGAGAUGUUGUAAGUCGCCUUUGCUCCACACUUCCAGAUGAGAAGAACUACAAAGUCACUGCAGACAAUUUCUUCACCAGCAUGCCGUUGAUUGUCAAACUGAAAGAGCGAGGCAUUCUGUACCUUGGAACAGCACGUACCAAUAGGCUGAAGAACUGUAGACUGAAAGAUGAGAAAGAUCUCAAAAAGGAGGGAAGAGGAAGCUUUGACUACAGAGUGGAAACUACACAUGGUGUGAGCGCUGUGAAAUGGUACGAUAAUCGUGCUGUGCUGCUAGUCUCAUCCUACCUUGGUCCAGAACCAACAGACAGUGUCAGACGCUGGGAUAAAGCAAAGAAGGACUUCACUCUUGUCACCAGACCAAACGUGGUGAAGGUGUACAAUAGUCUCAUGGGGGGUGUUGACUUCCUAGACUGCCUCAUUUCGAAGUACAGGUACCCGAUGAAGGCCAGACGAUGGUACAUCUACCUCUUCUGGCACACAGUCACUACUGCACUUGUUCAAGCAUGGUUGCUCUAUCGUAGACACUGCAGUGCCCUGGCAAUGCCCAAGAAGGACAUCAUGAAACACCGCAACUUCCAGGCUGCUCUAGCUACUGCUCUGAUAAUGACAAAUGUGCUGGUGGCACAAAGAGGAAGGCCAACUGGAGAAGUCGCCACAGUCUACUCUCCGAGGGCAUCCAGAGUAGAUCAACCAGAUGAUGUUCGCCAUGACAAUGUUGGACACUUGCCAGUAAAAGUCGACAACCGUGGCAGAUGCAAAGUGUGCAAAAAUGGUUUCACUGACACGUCAUGUAUCAAGUGCAACGUUCGCCUGUGCUUCAAUGAGAAGCGCAAUUGCUACAUGGCUUACCAUGUUAAGUAA